AUGUGUAAAAUACCCGAGGUUCAGGGUCCGUUAGCGACGAUUAGAGGAUGGAAAAGUUUUGGGGAUACGGUGCCUGUUCUACUAGUAGCGAUCCCGAUUGGCAAUUUGGGAGAUCGGUAUGGAAGGAGAAAGAUUAUGGCGCUAUCCUUAAUCGGAGUCGGAUUGUCUUUGGUAGAAAUUUUUGUUGUUUGUGCAUAUCCAAAAAUCUUCGAUUUGCGUUGGGUAUGGUUAUCGUCACUGUUUCUUCUCUGUGGAGGAGGUUUAUAUUCAAGUGCGGCGUUCAUGUGGGCGAUGGCUUCCUCGCUGAUAUCGGAAGAUAAAAGGAGCUAUGCGUUUUACUAUAUCUUCUCGGCAUUCUAUAUUGCAGAACUCAUUGGGUCAUAUGUAGCUUCUAUCACGAUAGAUAUUUCUCCUUGGAUUGCCUGUAGUAUGGCGAUGGGAUCUGUGAUCCUAGGGUUACUUUUAUUGUGGCUGGUACCAUUUAGUCAACCAUCUCCGCCACCAGAAGUAUUAUCACAACCAAUCUCCUCAUCUUCAUCCUCAACACGACUACACCUUACUACCACCUCCAAGACCACCAUUCUCGCUACCAUCCGCCGCGCCGUAAUUCAACCCAAUGUUCUCCUCUGCAUCCCAGUCUUCCUAGUCGGAACCCUCAGAUACACAACUCUCAAUGUCCUGAUCCAAUAUUCCUCUGUCCGAUUCGGCACCAAGAUAUCUAAAGGAGCAAUGUUCUACACCGAAACAGCUAUUAUCAAUAUCUUCCUAUUCCUUUUCCUGAUCCCGAGGACAACUGUUUGGAUAAAAUCGAGAUAUCAUGUGAGAUCUGAGAAAAUUGAUUUGGCACUGAUGAGGAUUAGUGUAUGUUUUCUUUUGAUGGGUUCUCUUGCUAUUGGGUUAGCAGCAACGAGUGGGUGGAUUCCAGUUGGUGUUUCUAUCUUCGCUGCCGGCUUCGGAUCCCGAGUCUCCACCCUUUCCCUAAUAUCCCAUUUUAUCCCCGCCUCCUCUCUCGCUACCCUCUAUGCCUCGAUAGCCGUGCUCGAAAAUCUCGGCCAUGCUAUCAACGAUCCUUCCAUGCAAUAUAUAUUUGCAGCAACCUUACGCCUACCACCUGUUUGGCACGCGUUGCCCUUUUUUGUCGCUGCUGUAAGUACUCUUUUGAUUAUUAAAUUUGCAUACAAGGACAAGAUUUAG